AUUGGAACACAGUGUGGAAAAAACAGGGCUUUUAUUUUGAAUAUUUACAGACUCUUGUCCGCGCAGUUUUCACAGCACAGCAGUGCUCGAGGACCUUGAAUAAAAUCAAAACAGCACAUGUGUUUGUAGACGUUUAGAACAUUUACAGGACAUGGCGAAACGUAUAUUAUACCCUUUAUACCAGCUGGGUAACCCACAGCUGAGAAUAUUCCGACCCACCUUCAACCUGACCCUGGUCAGACCAGGCAAAGAACAGCCACCUGAUACAGUACAGUUUCGCAUUCCUAUGGAAAUGACCAAGUUUGAUGUCAGAAAUUAUCUAGAGAAGAUCUACAGUGUUCCUGUUGCAGCUGUACGCACACGGAUCCAAUACUGUUCAAACAAGAAAAGAAACCACUUAAACCAGCGGGUGAAGAGGCCAGAUUACAAAGUGGCAUACGUUCAACUGGCUCAGCAGCAAACUUUCCAGUUCCCAGAUAUCUUUCCUGAGAAGGAUAAGAAGCACGAGGAGGGCUCUGCUGAGGAGAUGCAGGAGAAGUUCAUGGAGGACGAGCGUCAGAGGCAGAAACCAGAUCCCAGAAGAGGAGGAGUUACUGAAUGGUUUGGCCUCUAGACAGACAAGUGUUGAAUGAAGAAUGACUUCAGAGAGGCAACAGCUGAAUGAAGAAUGUGGUGUAUUGUAGAUUAUGUAUUUGUGCAGGAAGAGCAAUUUACAGUGAUCUGACAAAUGUCCAUAGAGGGCCGUUUGCAGUGAUCUGAUCUGACUCGAUGGAAAGACAGACUGCCUGAGAGAAGGCUUGGAAACCCAUUACUCCAAUAGAAUCAUGUGCUCUGUCAGAGAAGGCUAAUGUCUACAAAGCAUACGAUCACUCCUGAGCAUCUGCCUUGUCAUGAAAGUCAGGUUAUGUUCUCCUCCCACAGGUCUCAGAAACUUGCUUGAACAAAGGUCUUCCUUGCAGAGUUCUUGAGCACACACAGUUCCUUUUGUUUAAAGUUUGUCCAAAUGUUAUUUUUUUUUUCAUUUUCCCCUUGCGGAACUUCAAGACAGUUCAUGAACUAGUUGCGGUAAAAUUGUCAAUCUAAUGAAGUGACUCCAGUUCUUCAUGCAAAAUCAUACUGUUAAUGUUGUUCCUCAUGCUUUUUUAAAAACCUGCAUACUUCAUUUCCAAUAAAACAGUACAACAUGA